UAACCCCUGUGGCUACUAAACACUGAAAUCUUCAUCCCAAAGCAUGGCAAAGUCUAACAGUCCUCCCAUCAUAAAAUCUCAGAAUUACGCCCACAGUCCAGUCCACCACGCUGUCGUUUUGGCCGAUCACACCACUCUCUCCAGAAUUAUCUCCUCGCUCCCGCGUCUCCCCGAUCCUUCUCUAAUCCAAACCGAAUCCGAUUCCCUCGCGCAGGAAAAAAUCGCUGAUCAGAUCUCCACCCUUCUCGACCGCCGUGACGUUCCUUACCGAGAAACGCCUCUCCACCUCGCCGUACGCCUCAACGACCUCUUCGCCGCCCGUUCCCUCGCCACUGCCGGCGCCGAUGUCUCCCUCCAGAACGCUGCCGGCUGGAAUGCCCUGCAGGAGGCUCUCUGCCGCCGCGCCUCCGACAUUGCGCUUGUCCUACUACGCCUCCACCACCGCAAUGCCUGGUCCAAGUGGCGCCGCCGCCUCCCUCGCGUCAUCUCCGCGCUCCGCCGCAUGCGCGACUUCUACAUGGAGAUUUCCUUCCACUUCGAGAGCUCCGUCAUUCCCUUCGUCGGCAAGAUCGCCCCCUCCGACACCUACAAAAUCUGGAAGCGCGACGGCAACCUCCGAGCCGAUACUUCCCUCGCCGGCUUCGACGGUCUCAAAAUCCAGCGCGCUGACCAGAGCUUCCUCUUCUUCGGAGACGGAGAUCACUCGCAUGAUGUCCCUGCCGGUUCGCUUCUCGUUCUCAACCGGGACGACCGCAAAAUCUUCGAUGCCUUUGAGAACGCAGGCGGACCGAUGAACGAGUCCGAUGUCGCCGGAUUCUGCUCGCAGACGAGUGUGUACCGUCCUGGAAUGGACGUGACGAAGGCAGAGCUUGUAGGCAGAACGAAUUGGCGAAGGCAAGAGAAAACAGAGAGCGUGGGAGAAUGGAAGGCGAAGGUGUACGAAAUGCACAACGUGGUUUUCAGUUUUCGGUCGAGGAAAGUUGCUGGCUGUGAGUCUGACGUGGCAGGGAGUGAACAGGUGCUGCCGUUAGAACUGGACGAAGAUGACGACGGUUUUCUUGUUGCGGAGAAUCCUAAUUUCGGGUUUCCCAUGCCAGACAAGAGAAGACACAGUAGUUUUGUCCGAGAAGAUAGAGAAUGGGUCCCAAUGGGAAGGAAAAGCGUCGACCUAACGUACGGAACUGCCCCACCUCCGCGGAGAUCUUCGGCGAGCGUGACUGUGCCACAGACCAAAGAAAAAGAGUUCGUUAGAAGCUUACGGCCAUCGGUGUGGCUAACGGAGCAGUUUCCGUUGAAGACGGAGGAGCUACUGCCGUUACUCGACAUUCUCGCCAAUAAGGUGAAGGCUGUCAGGAGGCUCAGAGAGAUACUCACUACCACUUUCCCGCCGGGAACUUUCCCCGUUAAGGUGGCUAUACCGGUGGUCCCUACAGUGAGGGUGGUGAUUACUUUCACAAAGUUCGUGGAGCUGCAACCUCUGGAGCAAUUCUACACUCCAUUCAGUAGUCCCAGACAUUUGGUCAGUGGAGAGGAGCAACAGAAGAAAACAGAAAACAGAUGCUCCUCUUCGACCACAUCGUCCGUAGCAUCAAUGUGGCUGAGACGAAGUAGCAGCGUCAAUAAGCAACAGCAACUGCAGCGAUGUUCCUCCUCCAUGACAUUGGAUUCGGACCCUUUUGCUAUUCCUGUGGGAUAUACAUGGACGAGUGUGGAUGAUAAAUCUCGGAAAAUGAAGAAAUCCAAGUCCUUGAGAAAGUCUAAAUAACAAGGAUAGGUGUUUUUAGCGUCCAAUAUGUAGAUAGAUAGAUAUCCUGGGGCAUGGCAUGGGGAUGGUGGUCACAAAGUGCUUAGAAGCUAAAAUAGGUUAGAGCUUCUAAUGGAAUCAUCAUCAUCCAUAAGGUGCUUAGAAGCUAAGGCUUUAUUUGUUUGCUUACAGUUUUGUUUUAUGUCUUCAUUGAAUCAUUACAUGCAUUGAUUCUUUUCUUUCAACUUGUAAAUUGUGCAUAUACAUGGAAGGGCCCAUAGCAGCGCUUUGUCUUUU